AUGAAGGGUUUAUGCUUUCAGGUGAGAAAUGAACUCACCCCUAGGAAAAGAAGUCUCCGACCAUCAAAAUCAGAGAAGGAAACCGUUGGUGAACUCCGACAAGAAUGUUUGUCGCCGACAGUCGUUCCAGACACCGAUCAUGGGUCCAUUUUUGUAAUUCAGUCAUCAGAGAAACGGUACCUUUUUAGCGGUGUCGGUGGAGACGAAAGGAGAGCAUUGACAGUGGAAUUCAGUAGCCACAGCGUCGCUUUCGUCUGGGGCUUCUAUCGAUCUUCGCCACUCGAUCAAUAUCUUUUAGUCCUCAGCUCUCAGUUCGGGUUUCAUCUGGUCUUCACGUUUACGGCUUCUAGCUAUGAUCAGCAGAAGCAUUUCUGGCUGAUAGAUUGUUGA